UUAUGGAUGUUCCUGUAGCUUAAUUGGCCCUCUCUGCGUUAGAGAGGCAUUUUCUGUAUUGGGAAGUGUUCUUCUAGGAAGUUGUGGUUCUGGUGACGGGGGUAGGGAUAUUAUAUGCCGUAUCGCCGAAAUCACCAUUGUGAUUGAAUGCAAGAACUACUCAUCUUCACACUCAAUAUGUAGAGAGGUCGUCUUCGCACAUAAGACUGUUGUGCGAAGAUAUACUCGGGAAACUGGACACUUCGCCGUUGACAUCGUAGUAGCUCCUUUCAUGGGUGCAUUCUUCCGUGCUGCGGAAAGAGCAUCCAAUUCGUCUGGGGAUAUG